UGCAUGAAUAUUGUUUUAAAUUUCAGUGUAGACAUGAAGCCAUAGACGUAAUAGUAUUGUGCCCUUUGGCUGCGUACGUCCUGCAGGCUUGUGGUACUUACCUAUAGGGAAUGCUACUGUUAUACAGUUGUACUUCAUUGAGUUUCAAUACCACUUUUCUUUACAAUGCAAAACGCCAUAGUGCUGUCACGUUUCCAGUUGCUUUUCUCCCUGGUAUUGGCAAGUGACGGAGUCGCUGGUCUGCGCGGCUACCGGCUCUUCAAAGGCUCUCUGGGCAGCGGCAUCAGUCAGCGUCUUGGCGGCGGUGGCGGGGGCUUCAGCAUGGGAGGUUUGAGCAGCUUCGGAGGAUUCGGACACACUGGUGGCGGCUUUGGCGGCGGUGGCUUCAGUACAGGCAGCUUUGGUGGAAGUGGCUUGGGUGGCGGAACCUUCGGCGGCGGAAAGCGCAACCAAGUCUACAUUGUCGAAUAUGUUCGAAGCAAUCAAAAGGGCCACAGUUCUGGCUUUGGCAAGUCGGCAGGAGGGGGCUUUGGCUCGGGGCCCAUCUACAUCAUCCAGCAGAUUAGUGGCGGUGGUGGUGGUGCCGGUGGUGGCAGCGGCGGUUUCGGAGGUGGCGGUUUCGGCGCUGGGUGGAAGCCCGGAGCCAUGGGUGGAUUCGGUGGUAGUGGAUGGAAAGCCACUGGCGGUGGCGGGUGGAAGGCGACCGGAGGCUCUGGUGGCGUGUGGAACACAGGAGGUGGCGUCGGUGGCGGCUGGAAACCAGCAGGUGGUGGUCUAGGAGGAGGGUGGAAGGCAGGAGGUGGUGGAGGAGGUGUCACUGACACCUACGUAGUGAUCACCAGCAAAACAAGUGGAGGCGGAGGUGGUGGCUGGUGGUGAGCAAGUGGCUCACUUGCAAGAACUUGACGGAUCUCUCUCAGGUAUUUCAGCAGGAUGGAUUCAGGGGUCAUGUAGCGCCAUAACUGUGGCCGUAGACUAUUCCAUUCAACCUUGGAAGUAUUCCUGAGCGGCAACUUCGGUGUCAUGCAACAAAACAACCCGACACGCACCCUCCUCUUUUGUACAAAAGCUAGCGCAUUCUGCACUUGCGAAAAAACCCUACCAAGUCAACUUGCAUCAACAUCUUUCAUCAUCGCCUAUCAUGAAUGACAACUGCGAUAACACUGGCUCGCACUGAGACGUGAAGUCUUCAUAACGCACGAAUAACACAACUUGAAGUCCUGCUCACGUCGUCACCUUACAAUGUGCUAAAAUGUGCUGAAACCACAGUUGUCAUGCUGUCACUUAUAGCUGAUCAAACGUUUCUGAACAAAGGCUUUAACCGUGAUGCUGCUUGCAGCGCCACACAAA